AUGGGCCUGGGCGCCAUAUACGGGCUCAUGUUCGCAUCAUUCGCGCUCAUGUUCUGGUUCUCCGGCCUUCUCAUCGCACAAGGCAUCGGCAACGGAGGGUCCAUCCUCACCACCAUGUUCGCCAUUGCUCUCGGCAGCCUGGGCCUCGGCCAGGCCCUCCCUAACGUCACUGCCUUUUCCAAGGGCUGCGUCGCUGCUUAUAAGAUCUUUGUGACUAUAGCGAGACGGCCGGUGAUUGGCGGGGAGGGGGAGGAGGGGAGCGGUGGGAAGGAGUUGGAGGCGGUGGAGGGGCGGGUGGAGUUUGAGAAGGUGUGCUUUGCUUACCCUGCUCGGCCUGAGGUUCCCAUAUUCAAGGACUUCUGCUUGUCCAUUCCUGCCGGCACCACCGUCGCCCUCGUCGGCCCAUCAGGCAGCGGCAAGUCAACCGUCGUGGCGCUCAUCCAGCGCUUCUACGACCCGACAGCUGGCGCCGUCUCAUUGGACGGCACGGAUCUGCGCCAGCUCAGCCUGACGUGGCUGCGCUCCCAGCUGGGGCUUGUCAGCCAGGAGCCGUCUCUGUUUGCCACCAGGGUGGGACAUGAGGAGGACGAGGAAGCAGCAAGGAUUGCCAACGCGCACUCCUUUGUAAUGGUAUGGUACAAUCCAACUCCCCUUACCCCUUCCUGUAUUCCAAUGUGCGUGCAGGUGGGAGAGAGGGGAGUGCUGCUGUCAGGAGGGCAGAAGCAGCGCAUCGCCAUCGCCCGAGCAGUCACGCAAUCAGUCAUCCCUUGUCCUUGCCCCCAUGCCAAUCUGCACACACAGGUGGGAGAGAGGGGAGUGCAACUCUCGGGAGGGCAGAAGCAGCGCAUCGCCAUUGCCCGAGCAGUCGUGCGCAACCCGCGCGUGCUCCUAUUGGACGAGGCCACGUCAGCGCUGGACAGCGAAUCAGAGCGCGUGGUGCAGGCGGCUCUGGACGGUGGGCUGAUGCGCGGCAGAUCGACGGUUGUGAUUGCACACCGGCUGUCCACGAUCCGGAAUGCAGACAAGAUUGCUGUGGUGGCCGGGGGGAGAGUGGUGGAGGAGGGGACACAUGAGGAGCUGAUGGCGCAUGGGGGGGAUUUUGGGGCGAUGGUUCAGGCACCUCGAAAACCGGCAGGGGGGAGAGUGGUGGAGCAGGGGACACAUGAAGAGCUUAUGGCACAUGGGGAGGUGGGGGAGGGGAAAGGGGAAGGGGAAGGUGGAAAGGAGGCUGAUGAGGGGAGGAGUGUGGGUAGUGCAAAGGAAGGUGCGAGGAAAGAGGGAGGCGUGUAUGCUAAUUUGGUGCGCCUGCAGAUGGUAGCAGGGGAGGGUGCGCACGCAGAUUCGGAUGCAUUGGCCAAUCAGGGCUCAGCAUUGCAGUCACAAGACCACUUUGCUGACGUGGACCAAUCAGGAGCUGAGGCUGACGUGGGAAGAAAGAUCUUGAAGGCGCUGAGCACCCUUUCAGAAUCCUCCUUGCCACGUGGGCAUAGUGAACUUGGUGCUGACGUGGACCUUGCUGACGUGGACUUAGGAGACACUGACGAGGACGAGGAAGAGGAGGAAGGGGAAGGAGGGGGAGGGAAGCGAGUGUGGGGGGAACUGAGGAAGGUGCUACCUGCUCCCCUAAGGGCGUUACUCCCAGGCGGCAAAAGGAGAGGAGAGGACAAGGGAAAGAACGGUCAGGUGGGCAAGGAGCGCGGGGAGGAGGAGGAGGGCGGGAAGGGGGAAGGAGAAGGAGGGGAAGGGGAAGGAGAGGGGGGAAAGAAGGCGUCGUGGUGGCGUCUGGCGCGCAUGAGUGCUCCUGAGUGGCCCUUCACUGCUCUGGGCGCGGCUGGUGCUGUGAUGGCAGGGGCGUUCAACCCCGUGUAUGCCCUGCUGCUCAUUGACGUGAGUGGGACUGUGGUCAUAGCAGCUCUCUACAAUCCUGACACAGACGAGAUGAAGCGGCAGGUCAACAAGUGGGCCAUAGUCUUCACUGCUUUGGGCGCGCUGGCCUUGCCAGUGCACUCAGUACAGAACUAUGGCUUUGGGGUGUCUGGAGAGGCGCUGGUGAAGCGGGUCCGAGAGAAGAUGCUUGCAGGCAACGAGGUGGCAUGGUUCGAUAGGGACGCCAACGCCAGUGGCGCCAUUGCCUCUCGCCUCGCCACCGACGCCACUCUCGUCAAAGCAGCCGUGGCCGACCGCAUUGCUCUCGCCACGCAGAACCUGUCGGUGAUUGUCAUCGCGUUUGUGAUCGGAUUCGUGGUGGAGUGGCGCGUGGCUCUCGUGGUGAUUGCAACAUUCCCCCUCCUGAUUUUUGCGGCACUCAUGGAGCUUCGUGGUGGAGUGACAGGUGGCUCUGGUCGUCAAAUCCACUUUCCCCCUGCUGAUAUUUGCGGCACUCAUGGAGCUUUGGAGAGAGAGAGAUGGGAUAGCAUCACUCUCGCCACGCAGAACCUGUCGGUGAUUGCCAUCACGUUUGUCAUCGGGUUCGUGGUGGAGUGGCAGGCGGCUCUCGUCGUGAUUGUCAACUUCCCUCUCCUCCACUCCUCCCUCACCCCACCCACUCAGCAACAAUUCCUGGCAGGAUCCCAUGCCGGUGCCACCACCAUAGCAGCAGAGGCAGUCGCCAACAUCCGCACUGUAGCAGCAUUCAACGCACAGGACAAAAUCCUCGCACUGUUCACUGCCAGGCUGGCAGGCCCGCUUCGCCGCUCAUUCCUUCGCGGGCAGGUUGGCGGGGCAGGUUUCGGGCUAAGCCAAUUUUUCAUGUAUGGGUCAUACGCACUAGCACUCUGGUACGGGUCGACUCUAAUUCCCAAUACGGCUUCAUAUGGCGAUGUGCUUAAAUCGUUCAUGGUGCUUAUAAUGACUUCAAUGGCUAUAGCAGAAAGCAUUACUCUCGCUCCGGAUAUUGCCAAGGGGAGCGUGGCCGUUCGAUCGGUGUUCAAGACCACAGAUCGGACGCCCAGGAUUCUUUCGGACGAUCCGACGGCUGAGGUGGUUUCGACUGUUCGCGGGGAGAUUGAGUUCCGGUCGGUUUUUUUUGCCUACCCGACCCGCCCGGAAACGCCCGUGCUGCAAGACUUUUCUCUCCGGGCAGCACCGGGGAAGAUGCUGGCGCUGGUGGGCCCGUCGGGCAGCGGAAAAAGUUCCGUGGUGGCCCUGGUGGAGCGAUUCUACGAUCCGACGGCUGGGAGCGUGCGGGUGGAUGGGGAGGACAUCCGAGCCGUUCAUCUCAAGACUCUGCGAUCGUUCAUUGGGCUUGUCAGCCAGGAACCCGCCCUCUUUGCCACCACCACCUGCAGAACCAUUUUAUGCUCCCAUGCCCCAUGUCCCCCAUCUGCUCCCCUCAGCAUCCGCGGCAACAUCCUGUACGGCCAGCCUGGCGCAAGCGAGGCAGAGGUGGUGGAAGCAGCGCGGGCAGCCAACGUGCAUGGGUUCAUCAGCAGCUUGUCAGAUGGAUAUGACACGCAGGUGAGAAGGGAAGGGGGUGAUGGUGGUAAUUGGCUACUUUCAUCUGUGCUCAUGCCUGGUGUGGUGGAGGCAGCGCGGGCAGUCAACGUGCAUGGGUUCAUAAGCAGUCUGCCUCAGGGCUACGACACACAGGUGAGAGCAGGGGGGAUGAAGGAGGGCCGGGGCGUAUAUGUGCUCCUAUCUGCUGAGGUGGUGGAAGCAGCACGGGCAGCCAACGUGCAUGGGUUCAUCAGCAGUCUGCCUCAGGGCUAUGACACGCAGGUGAGAAGAGGAGGGGGGGCGGGGUGGGGGGCUUGGGGUUGCUUAUACGUGUUCGUACCUGGUGGUGUGGUGGAAGCAGCGCGAGCAGCCAACGUGCAUGGGUUCAUCAGCAGCUUGCCGCAGGGAUACGACACACAGGUGAGAGGAGGGAAGAUGAAGGAGGGGCGGGGCUUAUAUGUGCGCUUACCUGCUGUGGUGGACGCAGUGCGGGCAGCCAACGUGCACGGGUUCAUCAGCAGUCUUCCAGAGGGAUACGACACGCAGGUGAGGAGGGAAGGGGAGUGA